UCAAUCGGUCAAUCAGGACGCAGUUAAUUUUUGUUCUAGCAAGUGUAUUACUUUUUAUUGAAAGAUUUCUCAGGUGGUUACAGCACAAAUUAGGAGAUACCCGGAAAUUGAAUCAAUGGCUAAAUUCUCGAAUGUUUGUAUUUUGCUUUUAGGUUUUACCAUAAUAAUGAAUUUUUCAAGUGUACUGGUAGCAGGGCUGUGUGUCGUUGCUGUUGUCACGUGUGCAUGUGAGGUUUGGUCGUUUUUAGCUCAUUAUAUGAAGAAAAAACCCCAAGAAAUGAAGAAUUUUAUUAUUAAUACAGUCAUUAAAUUGAGAAGAAAUAGAUAUGAAUCGGUUCUUAGUAAUAAUGAUAUCAAUUACACAAGGUAUGACGGUGUGCGCUCAAAAAUAACAGGGGCACAUAUUUAUGCAGUUGGAAGUUAUGCUGAAACCAUGCCAAUGAGCGUUUGCCGUGAUGCUGACAGAAUGGUUAUAUAUGAACAAUUUCCACUUGUGGUAAGAAAUCAACAAAGAGGAAAUUGUUUAAUAGCUAAGGAGAAUUCACAUGAACCACUCUAUGUAUUGCUUAAAGUACUGGACCAUAUGGGUCUGGAUGAGGAGUGUAGAAGCUUAAUUAACAAUGACGGGUAUCUGGAGUCGGAGGGUUUCUUAGAUUUUUAUAUACGCAGACUGAUGAUCGAGGCACAUACAGAUACACCCACAAUACAUGGUCCCUCAGCAUCAUUCCCUGGGACUACAACAUUUGUCGACAAAGGAACAGGACGUGAAUUUGAAGUAACAGUAGAAUUUGACAUGGUCUUUUGUUUAAAAUGCGAAUCAUGGCCGGGUAACUGUUUCGAUUAUUUUACUAGAAAAAGGCUGAACGACUGGCCGUCACGGGGGCUGCUAGAAUCAAUACAUGGUCUACCUUUUCAUGUAGUUCCCAUUGGACACCACCUUAGCUCAACAAAGAACAUUGAAUGGAGGUAUUCUUUUUCUAUCGUUGAGAAACAACUCAUUCUGGGAAUGCCUGAGCCGUACGUUAAAUGCAUGAUUGUCUUGAAAGCACUCCGAAACAACUACAUCAAGUACAGUGAUUCUGAAAAACCAACGCCAUUCUGCUCAUAUUAUAUAAAGACCGCUUGCUUUUGGAUGUGUGAAAGCGUCCCACAUGAUACUUACAAAAAUACAGUUUUAAUUAGUAAAGUACUGGAUUGGCUUAUUGAUAGCUAUCACAAAGGAAAGAUGCGUCAUUAUUUUAUUCCCCAGCAAAAUUUGAUCCGUCAUCUUUCAGUGAAGUGCCGUGACGAUGUAAGAGCAAAAUUGACAGAAGUUAAGAAAAAUCUUCGUUUAAUGGUGAUGACACCUACCGAAACAGAGUUAUUUCAGGAAUGGUGGAACUGUAACUAAGAUUUUGAUUUUAUAAAAUGACUAACAUACUGUGUGUUCACCUCAAUGUUAUUAUUCAGGCCCGUAGCCAGGUCAUUUCAAGGGGGGUUCUCUGGGCGUGGGGUCCAGGGUUUGC